CAAUCCCCGGGACCCUCAUCAGCAGGGCUGGGGCAGCACAGACAGCUCACACCCACAUCUCGGAGCGAGGAGAACAAAACCUCCGGGGCACAGGGACAGGAUUCCUGGAUCCCCAGAGCCCGGGAAGUGCGGCCGAUCCCUUAUCAGCUCCGGCCUGGAUCCGGCCGCGGCCCCGGGGCGCUGGCACUAACCGGGUUAGGCGGGCUGGAUGAUGGAUGGAGGGAUGCGGGCUGGAUGGAUGAAGCCGUCGCUGCUCCCCGCGGCCCCCCCGGGCCGGGCAGGGAUAAAAAGGCGGCGGCAGGGCCGGAUUCACGAGCAGCCCCUCACCAUGAGCAGCCCGGCCGAGCUCCGAGAGGGUUACGAGCACUUCGACCCCCGCGCGUACCUGCGCAACAAUUACCUCCCCCCCCGCGCCGACUUCUCCUCCGAGGAGUUCGUGGUGCCCUGGAAGCUGCGAUGCUUGGCCGAGACUUUCGCCAGUGGUGAGAUCCGGGGGCGGACGUUGAUCGAUGUGGGCUCGGGUCCCACCAUCUACCAACUGCUGAGCGCCUGUGACCACUUCGAGGAGAUCGUGGCCACCGAUUUUCUGGCGGUGAACCGGGAGGAGCUGGGCCGGUGGGUGCGGGGCGAGCCCGGAGCCUUCGACUGGAGCCCGUUCAUCCAGCACGUCUGCAAGAUCGAGGGGCGAGGUGAACCAUGGCAGGACAAGCAGCGCCGUCUCCGCCAGCGCCUCCGCCGGAUCCUCCCCAUCGACGUUCACCUCCCUGACCCUCUGGGUGCCCCUCUGCACCCUCGGGCCGACGCUCUGCUCUCCUCUUUCUGCCUGGAAGCCGUGAGCCCCGACCGCGCCUCCUUCGUGCGGGCUCUAUCGCACAUCUCCAACCUGCUGCGCCCCGGUGGCCACGCCGUGCUGCUGGGAGCUCUGGGUGAAUCUUUCUACCUGGCGGGUCCAGCUCGGCUGCCCGUGGUGCCGCUGCAGGAAUCGGACGUGCGGGAUGCGCUGGCGGCCGCGGGAUUCUCGCUGCGGGAGCUGCGCAGUUACGCGAUGCCCCCCGCGCUCCGCACCGGCGUGGAUGAUGUGGAUGGGGUGUUCUUUGCCCACGCGCAAAAAGCGCUGGAGGGGUGAAGGGAAUCCUCCAGAAAUUU